AUGCAGGCCGGCAGGACUCUUCGGAGGGAUGACAGCAGGAUAAUCGUCCAUUUCGACUAUGACUGCUUUUAUGCUUCGGUCGUCGAGAACGAAAACCCAGCCCUGAAAUUCGUACCACUGGCCAUACAACAGAAGCAGAUUGUGGUGACGUGCAACUAUGAAGCACGCCGCCGUGGCCUUCGCAAGUUGCAAUUGAUCACUGAGGCAAAGAAAGUGUGUCCAGAAGCCGUCAUUGUCCUAGGAGAGGACUUGACCAAAUUUCGGAAUGCCUCAAAGGAACUCUAUACCUUUCUGCAACAAAGUAUCUGGAGCGGAAGAGCGGAGAGGCUGGGCUUCGACGAGGUCUGGCUCGACUGCACAGACAUGAUUGAUUACAACAUGGAUCUUCUUAAUCAGAAUGAUCUUGGCCAUUCCUUCUUUUGCUUGAACAAGACCGACCCUACCGCCGGUUUUCAAUACGACGCGUCCAACGUCUUCGGUCCUACCUACCCGCCUGCUCCGGGGCCCUUGGCAGAAUUGAAUGAUGAGGAGCGACGCUUACACCUACGCCUUAGACUCGGAUCGCAUCUCGCAAGACAUAUUCGCCAUCAGCUCGAAGCCCAGAUGGGGUAUACCUCAACCGUGGGUGUCGCGACCAACAAGAUAUUAUCCAAGCUAGUGGGAAAUGUCCACAAACCGAAGAACCAGACCACACUUAUGCCGCCAUUGGGUCCUACAGCUGCCGCCACAAGCAGUGUUACACAGUUCCUCGAUGCCCAUGAUGUUGGGAAAGUACCGGGAAUCGGGUUCAAAUUAGCCCAAAAGAUCAGAGCCCACGUUCUUGGAAGAGAGGGACAAAUAUCCACCGGUCUCGUCUACGGUCAUACAAAGGAGUCGGUGACUGUAUUCGACAUCCGUUUUCAUCCUGGCAUGGGCCCGGAAAUGCUUGAGAAUAUUCUUGGCGGUCCAGGCUCUCCGAAGGGCAUCGGCGGAAAAGUGUGGGAAUUGCUCCACGGUAUUGACCACAGCGAGGUUGGCAAGGUUAAGCGGAUCCCCUCUCAAAUCAGCCAGGAGGACUCGUAUAUGAAAUAUUUGCACACCUUUGAGCAGGUCAAGAAGCAACUACAUCUUCUGGGUGACCGUUUGAUUCGUCGAAUGCAUAUAGACCUCCUUGAGGAUGAUGAGACGGGUGAAGACGGACCUUCGAACUCUCGACGAUGGCUGGCACAUCCCCGAACAUUACGUUUGUCAACAAGGCCUCGACCGGCGCCUGGCCCAGAUGGUGUCCGAGCCAGAACGUCUCAUCGAAUUUCGCGCUCCCUACCUAUGCCCAAUUUUGUGUUCAACCUCUCUGAAGCUUCGUCUGUGUUGGCAGAGCGGCUUGUUGAAGAAGCUUUGGUGCCGAUGUUUCGCAAGCUUCACCACGAAACAAGCGGGUGGAAUCUCAGCCUGAUUAAUGUUGCCGCUACGAACAUGUUGGAGACUGCAGCUGAGAGCAAGGACAGCGAAGGUCGAGAUAUUGGUAGGAUGUUCCGGACUCAAGACGCGGUCCUCAGAAACUUCAGGGUCAUCAGUGAUGGCUUACACGAUGGACAGGAGGAGCAUGGUCUCGUGGCCGAUCCUUCUGAUCGCGGCUCACCUAGUCCUCCGAUUUCUCAGUCGGAUCAGAAGGCUGUAAUGGCGGGGGGGUGGGAAUCGGACGACGGUGACGGCCAGGAAGUGGAAAGAUGCCCACUGUGCCAGAACAGUAUCCCUUCCUUUGCACUCGCUGCUCAUCUGCAGUACCACGAGAUGAAUGGGUGA